UGUCUGAUGACAGCAGAGCUGCAGAGACAAGUCUCUCUGUUUCUCCCUGAAGAAACAUUCUACUGAACCAGCAGGUUUCUCUCAACAACACAGCAGAAUCUCUGAGUGUAGACAUGUCUGCUGCCAGCUGUCUGCUGACUGAAGAUCAGUUUCUGUGCUCCAUCUGUCUGGAUGUGUUCACUGAUCCAGUCAGCACACCAUGUGGACACAACUUCUGUAAGAACUGCAUCACUGAACACUGGGAUAUCGAUGUUCCUUAUCAAUGUCCCAACUGUAAAGAGGGUUUCAACACAAGACCUGAGCUGCGGGUCAAUACUUUCAUCUCUGAGAUGGCUGCUCAGUUCAGACAGUCAGCUCAACAGAAAUCCAGCAGCAGCAGCUCAGAGCAACAAGCUGCCAAACCAGGAGAAGUUCCCUGGGACGUCUGCACUGGAACCAAACUGAAGGCCUGGAUGUUCUACCUGUUGGGUCUGAUGUGUGUCGUCAUGCUCUGGAUAGUUUUAGACCACAAAACACAUGUUGUUUUUCUACUGAAAGAUGAUUAUGAAGGAACAAAGGCUGAGCUGGAGAAGACAAGGACUGAAAUCCAGUUGAUGCUCCAGAAGAGACAAAUAAAGAUUCAGGAGAUCAAACACUCAGUGGAGCUCAGUGAGGAAGAUGCAGACAGAGAGAUAGCAGAUGGUGUUCAGGUCUUCACCGCUCUGAAGGAGUCUGUUGAGAGAAGCCAGGCCGAGCUCAUCCACACGAUCAAAGAGAAGCAGAGAAAGACAGAGAAACAGGCUGAAGGCUUCAUCAAAGAGCUGGAACAGGAAAUCUGUGAGCUGAAGAAGAGAAGCACUGAGGUGGAGACGCUCUCACGCUCUGAAGACCACCUCCACCUUCUACAGAGCUUCAGGACCCUUAAAGCUGCUCCACCCACCAAGGACUGGACAGGAGUCAGAGUCAGUCCACCUUCAUAUGAGGGGACUGUGAGGGAAGCUGCAACCAAGCUGGAGGAGACGCUUCAUGAAGAGAUAACUUAUCUGCUUUUUGCCGAGCUGAAGAGAGUCCAGCAGUCUGCAGUGGAUGUGACACUUGAUCCUGAUACAGCUCAUCCCGAUCUCAUCCUGUCUGAUGAUGGAAAACAAGUAUAUAAGGGUUACAAUUGGAAACAUUACCCAGACAACCAAAAGAGAUUUGAUAGAUCAUUUAAUGUCUUAGCAAAGCAGAGUUUGUCUUCAGGAAGAUUCUACUAUGAGGUUCAGGUUAAAGGGAAUAAUAUCUGGACUUUAGGAGUGGUCAGAGAGUCGAUCAACAGGAAGGGAACAAACACAAUGAGCCCUCAGAACGGACAUUGGACGAUAUGUUUGAGGAAUAAAAACGAGUACAAAGCUCUUGCUGACCCUGAUAUCAGUCUCUCUCUGAAGUCUCAGCCUGAGAAGGUGGGGGUGUUGGUGGAUUAUGAGGAGGGUCUGGUCUCCUUUUAUGACGUUGAUGCUGCAGAUCUCAUCUACUCCUUUACUGGCUGCUCCUUCACUGAGAAACUCUACCCAUUCUUUAGUCUUAAUUUUGAUGAUAAUUAUGAUGAUGAUGAUAAUUACAAAACUGUCCCUCUGAUCAUCCCUCCUGUAAAUCCCUCUGAGUAGAAGAACCAUUAUAUUUUCUAGAUUCACUUUCAUGGGGUAUAAUAAAUGUAUUUCUGAUGAACGGUGUAUACAUGUGCUGUCCCACCAGAUUCUUAUCAAUGCCUUUUUGUUUUCUUAUUUUCAGCCCCAGGCUUAAAUUUGCAAAGGAAAACAAUUCACCUGUGUUUGACAAUUUAUUUAAUUGAAUGCUUUAAAUUUUAAAGGCAAAAGAUGUCAGCCAAACACGUGGUUAGCUUUUCUCUGCUAGGUAGGUUCAGUGGUUUGCCACAGAAUUUUAAUUUCCAGAGCUUUUCUAUUUAAUUUAACUUUUCAAACCUCAAAAUAACAGAGAAGCCUAUUUGUCCAGCUAACAAAAGUUUUUUUUUUUUUACUAUUCUCUUGUAAUGAUCAGUAAUAAAUUUGUCAAACAAAAGGAAA